CCCGGUCACGGCGGAACCUUUUGUUCUAGCUCACGUUUCCACCGAAACGACAAGGGUUGCCAAGGCGGAAGUAGUUGAGGCGUGUGGGCGGAGCCAAGCGCCGCUAUGUCGGCAUCCUUGCUGCGGCGCGGCUUGGAGCUGUUGGGGCUGCCUGAGGCCCCCGGGGCCGCGCCAGGCCAGACCAAGCCGAGCCAGGCUCCGAUGAAGCGGGCCCGCAAAGCGAAGGCGCCCCAAGCCCAGAAGCUGCGGAACUCGGCCAAGGGAAAGGUGCCCAAGUCAGCGCUGGUUGAGUUCCAGAAGCGAGAGCGUCGAGGUUACCUUGGAGUAAACCUGCGGUUUAUGACCAGUGCCAGAAGCACAGUGGCUGAAUCCAUCACCCAGCAGAUUGUACGUCAGAACCGGGGCCGCAAGGCCUGUGACCGGCCUGUGGGCAAGACGAAGAAGAAGAAGAAGGCGGCCGAGGGCACUGUGUUCACUGAGGAAGACUUCCAGAAGUUCCAGCAGGAAUACUUCGGCAGCUAGGCUCCCAGGAGAACACAGCCUGCUCUGACCUCUCAGCCUGGCUCAGGGAAGCCCUGGAGUGGAGGCUGGGGUGGAGCUCACGAGCUGGAAGCCCAGGGGAGGACCAUUGCUCAGACCCGAGCUGAUGUCUGCAGGCUCGGUGGGGGGGGGGUGCCCCCUGCCUGCUGGAGGGGAACACGUCGCACUGCUGUUUGCUUUAGUCCAGGGAGGGCCUUGGGGCUGAUUGCUGUGCAGAAACCAGUCACUGCGUCCUUGGGGACCACGCCUCUGAUAGAAGGGCUGCUGGCUGUUCCAGGUUUUAAUAAACGUGGCCCAGGGGCUGUGUGUGCUG